AUGAUUAGCCGCAUGGACCCGAAAUCCCAUGAUGUGAUUGUUGACGAGCUAGAUUUCUCUACAAUGCCUGGAACUCAGUCUGGCGUCCUUAAUUCUCGAUGGACCCCGAUUGGGUUGAAAAACAAUUUUCAAGCCGCCGGACCCUAUGAAUUCAUUUUGACAAACAACUCGCGUUCAUAUCUUAAUCUAAAACGCACCUACCUCAUUUUCACAUUUAAAAUUACAAAUUCUGAUGGAAAUAUUGUAAAGAUGGAGACUGACGAAGCAAAAAACACUCAAGUUUAUGCGCCAAUCAAUAACAUUGCUCACUCUAUUGUCAAAAAUUUCACACUACACAUUAAUUCACAAUUAGCUUUUCACAACUCGUCAAACUAUGCGUACAAGAGCUAUUUUGAACACGUUUUAAUGUACGGGAAGGAAAUUCAAAACUCCACUCUAACCGCGGCCGGUUUCUAUCAUGACCCUGUGAUUGGCGACCACCGUAGUCCUGGGUUUCAACAGCGUUGUGCCUCAAUUUACAACCAGGGCGAAAUACAAGUUGCGGCAAACAUUUCGAUUGACUUGAUGAAUCAGCCGCGAGUGCUCUUGAACGGUUGUAAUGUGAAACUUACAGUUUACCCAAAUGAUAGUAAAUUUUUGAUUGAGGCUUACAAUCGCGACAACAACACAGAGUUUCAGUUCAAAAUAACCGACGUUUACGCUCUGGUUAACGAAUUCGAUCUUGCCGACGGCCUAUCUAAUGCUCUAGAGAGCUCCAUUAUUGAGCACAAAAUAAUCCAAUAUCCUCUAAUAUCUUCACAGGUGCGCAGUUUCUAUAUAGAGUCUGGACGUCUUGACGCGCCGGCUAACACACUCUUCACAAGCAAGAUGCCCCGUCGAAUUUUCAUUGGUCUUGUUGAUUCUGACGCGUACAAUGGCUCUUAUGAUAAAUCACCAUUCAAUUUCAAACCACAUGGUAUAUCUGAUAUACAUGUUGAUUAUUGUGGAAUGACACUCCCCGGCCGCCCUUUUGCCUUAGAUUUUGACAGAAACAAGUUUAUGGAGGCAUACAUUCAACUUCAAGAAACCCUCGGUCACUCGCGAAGCAAUUCCACAUGUAAUUCUAUUAGCACCCAAAUGUUUAAAGAAGGCGGAUAUACGAUUUUUGGUUUUGAAUUGAGUCCCGUUGCUCAGGACACUUCACUAUUUGAGUUGGUGCGACAGACAAACGUCAGCAUUCGUUUAAAUUUCCGAGAAAAGGUUCCCGUCGGCGGUCUUUACUGCAUAGUAUAUGCAGAAUUUGACCAAAUUUUCUCACUUGAUUUUAUGAGAAAUCCGAUUGUCGACACUAUAGUUUAAUUAUAAUUAGAUUCUUCGUAUUUGGCAUGUUUUCCUCAUUACCGUUAUUGUCGCGUUCCGUACCAUUCAGGCGUGAAAACAUGUUUUGGCUUUCAGUACCAAUCAAGCGUGAAUAUAAAACGUGCUAUAAGUUGUUAUGGAGCUCAUCACACACACACACACACACACACACACAGGCAGAAACAAACAAGACCACUACCUCGAAGUUUAAAAAAGAGUGAAUACACGAAAAGGGUUGCAUUUCUGGAAACAUACACACUUUCUUGUAUAGCCUGCCUCCUCCACUUUUCAGUUGUCUUUUCGAAUAGCCACAAUUUUCCCUUAUGUGCACCGCAUUUACAAACUGCCUGUCAUUUUAGAUUUUUGUCACGAUCGGGAGUGGUGCGCGCAAUGAAUCCUCUGUAUUCGGACCCCCGCCCCGCCGUGGUCCCGCAACCGGACAUGUACGGUCGCUAUCACUGGUCUCAAUUAACACCGUCCCCACCAGCAACUGACUCUGUAGAGCCCACUGUGACACCAGAAUUGACUACACAAAAUGAAAAUGCCGACACUUUUCUCGAACCGUUGUUGGCGCCUAACAAUAACCGAUUUGUUGUCCACCCGAUUGUUCACCGCGAUAUUUGGGAAUUUUACAAAAAGGCCGUUGCCUGUUUCUGGACUAGCGAGGAAGUUGAUUUGGGAAAGGAUAUGAGCCAUUGGGAAAUAUUGACUAGUGAUGAGAGACAGUUUAUUUCGUCUAUUUCGUCUGCCCGAUUUUUUUAAUGGAUUCCAGAUCGCAGUCGAGAACAUCCAUAGCGAGAUGUAUGCAAAAUUGUUGGAGGCUUAUAUUAGAGACGACGCCGAGCGCAAUAUUUUAUUCAACGCAAUAACAACUUUUAAAUUUAUCAAGGCAAAAGCCGAUUGGUGUCUUCGAUGGAUUUCUGAUCACAAUGCCCCGUUUUCCGAGCGCUUGGCCGCCUUUGCUGCUGUUGAAGGAAUAUUUUUCAGUUCUUCGUUUGCUGCAAUUUUUUGGCUGAAAAAGCGCGGUUUGCUCCCCGGGCUGACUCAUUCAAACGAGCUGAUCUCAAUGUUUUUGCUUCACCCAAAUUGCUUUUUCUCAACUUUCAAUUUACAGAGACGAAGGUUUGCACAGAGAUUUUGCGUGUCUUCUCUUCUCUAAACUUAUCAGGAAACCCGCAGAGUCGCGCAUCACAGAAAUUAUCAACGAGUCCGUGUUGGUUGAACAAGAUUUUGUUCGAGAAUCCCUGCCCACAAACUUGAUUGGAAUGAAUCAGCACAUGAUGUGUAAAUAUGUUGAAUUUGUCGCUGAUCUUCUGCUUGAAGAGUUGGGUUACUCCAAACGCUACAACACAAAAAACCCGUUUGAUUUUAUGGAAAACAUAUCAAUAGAGGGAAAGACAAACUUUUUCGAAAAACGCGUUUCCGAAUAUCAAAGACCUGAAAUGAUGGUUGACGAAUCUGAAAAAGUUUUUGACCUUUCUGCUUUAUUUUGA